UCUGUUUCUCAGACUUCACUCUAAACCUUCUUUUCUCUUCACAACAUUAUUAAAUCUCUCCUCCAAAAACAUAAAAAAAAUACCAAAAAUGAGACCCAUCAGAAUUCUCAUCACCGCCACCGUUCCGGCAACAACAACCCCCACACUCCCAGCGCCACUCAUGAACACUCAACAACAACGCUCGCCGUGGCACUCCCCUGUUCCCUAUCUCUUCGGAGGCCUGGCAGCCAUGCUGGGCUUGAUUGCUUUUGCUUUAUUAAUACUAGCUUGCUCUUAUUGGAGGCUCUCCGGUCGGGUAGAAGAUCGUGAAGGCGGCGGCAGUGGCGGCGACGGUGAUCUUGAAAAUGGUAAUGAAAAAGAAAGUGACGCAAAUAAGACAGUGGUUAAUAAGGUUUAUGAAGAGAAGAUUUUGGUUAUAAUGGCCGGUGAACAUAACCCUACUUUCUUGGCUACUCCAGUUUCCGGUAAAGCAUGUGACAAAAAUUUCAAGAUUGAAAAAACAGGGGAAGAGAAAACAGAGAAUAUUGAAGAGAAAAUGAAAGAAUCAGAAUUGGAUAAUAAUCUUGAUCAAUCAACUGUAAUACCAGUGGAAGAAGACGCUGAAAUUGCAAACAGAGAGACUCGACAAGUUCAUGAGCAAAACUCUUAAACUGCUGCGUUUUUUUUGGUUUUGGCCUUAUUUUGGUUUUGUUCUAUUUUUGAGGGUUUGAGUUUUAUUUUCUGCGGUAUAAUGUAAUGUUCUUGCUGAGUUAAAUGAGAUGAUCAGCAUGAGAGAGUUUUUGAUUCCA